AUGACCAUUGCACGUGGUAAGAAAUCUGGCACUCUCUACACAACUACCAGUGCUUGUGGGUCUAUAGCAAUUGCAGAAAACAGAGAAGAUCACAACCUUUGGCACCAAAGAUUGGGUCACAUGAGUGAAAGGGGGCUCAAGAUUAUGCACUCAAAGGGGAAACUACCAGGUAUACGGGCAAUUGAUAUUGACUUCUGUGAGAGUUGCGUAAUGGGGAAGCAGAAGAGGGUCAAUUUCAAGAAGAGUGGCAGAGAUCUCAUAAAGGAGAAACUUGAGCUAAUUCACACAGAUGUCUGGGGGCCAGCCCUGUCUUAUCCAUUGGCGAAAAAUCCUACUUCGUGA